AUGGCUGUGGUGGCAGUGGCCCCCCGCAAAGCGGGGCGGCAACUGCCUCCAUGGCGUGAGCUGGAAGUUUGUCAGGUCGAAAAUCUAUCGCUUCGCCAGAGAGCGUUGCAAUGGCUGACUUCGACUGGCAGGCAGUGUCAUCCUUUGACGUCAUCCAGUGAUCGGGGCCGGAAGACGUAUUUGGCAGUCUGCAGCUACCACUCACAGUGCCCCAAACGUUUUCGCUUUGCCUUGCUUGGGGACGAUCGGAUGAUGGUGAGCGAACUAAAUGAGCACGGUGACAAGGUUGAUCUGCAAGUGCCUUGUAGCAUUUUUUGGUUGCGUUCUUUUUGGAUGACUCAAAUCUGUUCUAUUGUUGUGAAGGGUUUGGUCCUGCUGAUUGUGACUUUUCUCUCUGCUUGCCAUUUGAGAUUUGAGGUUGCUAGACGGGAGAACGUCAGAAAGUAUGCAAAAGUUGAUUCUGCCUCUAGGGCGCUGAAUCGGAUGGAACUUGACAAGGUUCCAGUGGAGGAAAGGCCGCCUGCAUGGCAGUUGAAAAACUAUCGGCCUAGCAAGAAAGAGGCUCGCCAGAAGCUUGCAGCGGCUUGCGUCGCUUCCUUGCAGGACUGGCUUCAGUCGCCACCUGCCAAUGUGGUCAUUCAUCAGGAGUGUUUGGAAUGCUCUGCAGAGUCUGUGCGGAUCGUUUUUUCCUUCACGCUGGCUGAGGAGUGGCUGAAGACGCAAGACCUUCCAUGUUUUCUUAUGGACUACACCUGGAAGACAAAUCAGCCAGGCUUGGUAUUGGGUGCUAUUGGCCCGGCAGGUCUCCGAGCUUGGCCAGAUGGAAAACCCCAUGUUCGUUUUUGUCCCAUUCUGUCUUUGCUCGCGCAUAGCGAAGACGAAGACAGCCAUCAUCUGCUGGUCAAAAAGUACGUGGAGAUGUCGAAGUCUGUGGGGAUCACCUUAACAGACGGGUUUUUUGACAACAGCUGCUAUGUGGGAGCAAAAUCUGCCUUGGAAGCUGAUGAGACGAUGCGGCACGUGAGGCUACAUCGCUGCUUGCAGCAUUGCAAGGAGAACAUGAAAGCAGAAGGUAGGAAGAAAUGUCCGGAAAGUGGAGAGCUACGUAUGAAAAACGGCGAACUCCUCCCAGUUUUGACAGACUUUUUGCAAUGCUCGGCAUUCUUGCCUUCAACUCUGGAGUUUUCAUGUUUCUGGACCACAGUGUUGGAACGGUUGCAAGCUCCAGCUCCAGAUGGUUGGGGUGAGCCUGCAAUGCAUGACUACCUCUUGAAGUACCUGCUUUCCAAAAACGGUGAUGUCUUGACGGCAACUUGGCGGUCUGGCUUUGGCACUGUCCCACUCGGUUUUUCCACAUAUGCGCCAAAUGCAGUGGAGCGAACGUGGCGUUUGCUGAAAGGGCUCUUGAAGCCAGGGCAGCGCAACUUGGAGCCUGCGACCCUCAUGGUUGAGACUUGUCAAGCUUUCACUUCCAGACUUAAUGCUGGCGAGUACAAUGACAUGCAUGCUUCUGUGUCGUUGCCUUGGGCAAGUUUGAAGUCUCGCAAGGACGCGCUGUGGGUCCGGACACUCGGCGAGGAAGAGGAGAAGCAGCACAAGCGGCUCUGCUUGGACAGCAUUUUGAAGCAUUUCCGAGCUCAUGGACCUACAUCGACAUUCAUGGCAAGCACUUGCUCGGUCACAUUAGAAAGUGGAGAGAAAGGAACCCGCAUCUAUGUGAUCCCCAAAUACCGACUGCACCUUGCCACAGAGGCUCGAGAUGACAUGUUUGCCACCAUGCGUUUGUCCCUGGCAACUUCGACCUCAGAGGUGGAGGAGGCUUGCUGUGACCCGGAGACAGGCAAGGAACGUCCCCUGGCCGAAACAGGUGGCUAUUGUGUGCUGCGGCACCUUCGCUUGAGGCAGAAUUUCUGUGCAAUUUAUGUAACCGAGGAGGGAAAGUGUGUAGACACGCACAAGGAUUACAUCUCAGGCUGCGGACACACGGAACAUUGCCUUUUUGUAUCAGCCUUGUUGCAGAAAGGCGGAGUUGCAGAGAUUCGGCAUGGACCGGAGUUGUCCAGGCCAAAAAAGAAGGUCAAGAAGUCGAUGAAGGCAAAGCGUUCAGAACGGCUGAAAAGCAUGUUGCGUGCUCCAAAAAAAGAGGUUUGUGUCCGAAGCAACUUGGACCCUGGUGCAGAGCUUCAAAGACAGGAUGUUUCAAAGCUUUUGCCUGGCUCAGUGUCAGAACCCACACAGCGACCCAUCCUGCAUUCCUGUUCCGAUGGUGCGGAGGAGCUUUGCAUGGCUCGGACUCAGAAAGCUUCCCGCUGCAAAAACCAGCGUUCCAUUGGAAGUUUCUGCAAGAAGCACUAUGAUGAGGCACAGUCCCAAAAAUAUUGCAUGAAAUUGUUUGACAGCUUGCCCGCUGGAGAAGCCAUGAGUGCAUGGGAACGCUCACAACUGGAGCUGGCAGUAGCGCAGAGCAUGGAAGAGAACGAGGAGCUCCAGCGAAAAGAGGCGCUCAGUGCUGGCAGGUUGGACCGGCGAAUGGCCGACUUGGGUUUGAAGAGAGUUCCAGUGGCUCGAUUUGGCGCUUGCCAAUUUGAGGCAAUUUGCUAUUCUGCAGAGUUGCCCAUGAGUCCAAUGGCCUUGCGCCUUGCAGCAGUUGAAUACCUCAAGCCUCUUGGAGCAUUGUUUGCUGACCGCUUGGAAGGCAAGUUUCGAGGCCAGUUUCAGGCCUAUUGCCAAUACAUGAAGGCUCCAGAUUCGUGGGGCGACGACAUGACUUGCCUUGCCUGCUCACACCUGCUGCGCCGACCAGUUGAUAUCAUCACUGACUCCGGUGACGACUCAAACUUUGUGGUAAGCAUGACGCCACCCGAUAUCAUCAGCAAAGACAUUUGGGGACCCAAAGUCACCAUCAGUUUGAUGAUGGACAAGCACUACGACGCUACGGAGCUGGCUUAA